CAUACACCUAUAACUCGUCAUGUUCAAAGUAGACCUCCCACUUGACCGUGAAGGCCCACAAGUUCAAAACAGGGGAUUUUCGGCUGAAGGACCACUGCUCGUUAUUGGUGCUGGAGUCGGCAGGACGGGCACAACGAGUUUAAAGCAUGCAUUCGAAAUCAUCUAUGGGCAACCGUGCUAUCAUGGGUAUGAGCUCAUUGAGCGACAUCCUGAACACUGCCCCAAAUGGUUGGAAAUCGACCGCCUGCUCGAUAACUCACUCGGAGAUGACGACGUAUUCGAUCCAUCAUUGUUUCAACAAAUUUACAAGGGGUUUCGGUCGGGAACGGAUAUUCCAACUUCAUGUUAUUAUAAGCAACUAAUGAAAGUCUACCCAGAUGUCAAGGUUGUCCUGACCACGCGUGAUUCCCAGAAGUGGCUGACAAGCGCAAGAGAGACUAUCUUCCCAAGAAUACCGGAUGUUCCAACCAGCUGGAUUGGAAUGCUGGUCUGUGAAGUGUUGGUUGGAAUGGGCUUUUUGCGAGUAAAGUCCCGUUGUUCGGAGCGCAUGUUUGGUCCACAGUCUGAUCGGGACGAUGAUAGAAAGCUUUUGGAAGCAUACGAGCGAUGGAAUGCGCAAGUGAAGCAGGCGGUGCCCGCAAACCAACUGCUAGUUUUCGAUAUUCGGGACGGAUGGGAGCCAUUGUGCAAAUUUUUGAAUGUACCUAUUCCGAAUGAACCAUUCCCAUGCACGAAUGACCGAACCAUUGUGGCGAUGAUAAAGCGGAAGAUUGACCGACUGACGAUGGUUCUGCGAUGCACUGCUGUCGGAACGGCUGUCCUAAUAUGUUGCUACUUCACGUAUAGGAGAUUACGUGCUCUGCGGUAGAUUAAAUGUGGCAAACGCACUUCCUCCGAUAAAUCCACCUUGGUUGGUUUUGUAGUUUUAACACAUGUACUUGAAAACAUGUAUUUAAGUCUUUCUAUGUCUUUGUCUUUCCCGUAUCUUUAUAACUAAAACCAGUGUUUUCCAAUUAUCUCAGUUACGUAUACCGCUGUAAGCGUUUCUGAAGAGCCUGGUAAUGUGCGACAAAAAUCGUUCUUGUUCUUCCCAAAGUGCAUUUCCCAGUUUACCUAUCCACUAUAUUCAUCAGUCUCAAGCUGAAACCUAAAAAUUAGAGCGGGAUACUAACGAUUCCUCCACAAUCCACUUGAUUUUUUCCUUGAAUUACAUAUGAAUUCCAACUGCAUCAAGUUGGGAAGGUAAGACGAUGUGUG